GUCCCCUCCCCCCCGCCGGUCGGGAUCAGUCAGUGCGAUCCUAAGCGGGGGAGGGGGGGGCGGCGGCCGAACGAUGUGCGAGAACUGCGCAGACCUGGUGGAGGUGUUAAAUGAAAUAUCAGAUAUAGAAGGUGGUGAUGGACUGCAGCUCAGAAAGGAACAUACUCUCAAAAUAUUUGCUUAUAUCAAUUCCUGGACUCAGAGGCAAUGUCUAUGCUGCUUCAAGGAAUAUAAGCAUUUGGAGAUUUUUAACCAAGUAGUAUGUGCACUUAUUAACUUAGUGAUUGCCCAAGUUCAAGUGCUCCGGGACCAGCUUUGUAAACACUGUACUACCAUUAACAUAGAUUCCACGUGGCAAGAUGAGAGUAAUCAAGCUGAAGAACCACUGAGUAUAGAUAGAGAAUGUAAUGAAGGAAAUACAGAAAGACAAAAAUCAAUAGAAAAAAAAUCAAACUCUACAAGAAUUUGUAAUCUGACUGAGGAGGAAUCUUCAAAGAGUUCUGAUCCUUUUAGUUUAUGGAAUACAGAUGAGAAGGAAAAACUGUUACUAUGUGUAGCAAAAAUUUUUCAAAUUCAGUUUCCCUUAUAUACUGCUUACAAGCAUAAUACUCAUCCUACUAUAGAGGAUAUAUCGACACAAGAAAGUAACAUAUUAGGGGCAUUUUGUGAUAUGAAUGAUGUAGAAGUACCCUUGCAUUUGCUUCGUUAUGUCUGUCUGUUUUGUGGGAAAAAUGGCCUUUCUCUCAUGAAGGAUUGCUUUGAAUAUGGGACUCCUGAAACUUUACCAUUUCUUAUAGCACAUGCAUUUAUUACAGUUGUUUCUAAUAUUAGGAUAUGGCUGCACAUCCCUGCUGUCAUGCAGCAUAUUAUUCCUUUUAGAACGUAUGUUAUCAGGUAUUUAUGCAAGCUCUCUGAUCAGGAGUUACGACAGAGUGCGGCUCGUAAUAUGGCUGACCUAAUGUGGAGUACAGUGAAAGAGCCAUUGGACACAACACUGUGCUUUGAUAAGGAAAGUCUAGACCUUGCAUUUAAGUACUUUAUGUCACCAACUCUGACCAUGAGGUUGGCUGGAUUGAGUCAGAUAACAAAUCAGCUUCAUACUUUCAAUGAUGUGUGCAAUAAUGAAUCAUUGGUAUCCGACACAGAAACGUCCAUUGCAAAAGAGCUUGCAGACUGGCUUAUUAGCAGCAAUGUAGUAGAGCAUAUAUUUGGACCAAAUUUACAUAUUGAGAUUAUUAAACAGUGCCAAGUGAUUUUGAAUUUCUUGGCAGCAGAAGGACGACUGAGUACUCAGCAUAUUGACUGCAUUUGGGCUGCAGCACAGCUGAAACACUGCAGUCGAUAUAUUCAUGACUUAUUCCCUUCACUCAUCAAGAAUCUGGAUCCUGUGCCACUUAGACACUUACUUAAUUUGGUCUCAGCUCUUGAGCCAAGUGUUCAUACUGAACAGACACUGUACUUGGCAUCCAUGUUAAUUAAAGCUUUGUGGAAUAAUGCACUUGCGGCUAAGGCUCAGCUAUCUAAACAGAGUUCUUUUGCAUCUUUAUUAAACACUAAUAUGCCCAUUGGAAAUAAGAAAGAGGAAGAAGAGCUUAGAAGAGCAGCUCCUUCACCUUGGUCCCCUGCAGCAAGUCCUCAAAGUAGUGAUAACAGUGACACACAUCAGAGUGGAGCCAGUGACAUUGAAAUGGAUGAGCAGCUUAUUAAUAGAAACAAGCAUGUGCAGCAGCGACUGUCUGACACAGAGGAAUCCAUGCAAGGAAGUUCAGAUGAAACUGCUAACAGUGGUGAGGACGGAAGCAGUGGCCCUGGCAGCAGUAGUGGGCGUAGUGAUGGAUCUAGUAAUGAAGUCAAUUCAAGCCAUGCAAGCCAGUCUGCUGGGAGCCCUGGAAGUGAGGUGCAAUCAGAAGACAUUGCAGACAUCGAGGCCCUUAAAGAAGAGGAGGAAGAGGAAGAAGAGGAGGAAGAAGAAGAAGAGGAGGAGGAAGAAGAAGAUGAGGAAGAAGAAGAUGAUGAUGAAGAAGAAGAAGAUGAAGAAGAGGAAGAAGAAGAAGAAGAAGAUGAUGAUCAUGGUCACAAUCCUGCCAAAAAUACUUGUGGCACAGAACUUCGAAACAGAAAGUUAGAAAAUCAAGCAGGCAUUUGCUUGGGGGAAUCCCAAGGCACAUCUGACAGGAAUGGGACAAAUAGUGGAGCAGGAAAGGACCUAGUUUUUAACACUGAGCCAUUGCCUUCUGGAGAUAAUCGAAUACGAAUGCUAGAUGCCUGUGCUCACUCUGAAGACCCAGAACAUGAUAUUUCAGGGGAAGUGAGUUCUGCUCACAUAGCACAAGGUUCUCAGGAGUCUUGUAUCACACGAAGUGGGGACUUCCUUGGGGAGACUAUUGGGAAUGAGUUAUUUAAUUGUCGGCAGUUUAUUGGUCCACAGCAUCAUCACCACCACCACCACCACCACCACCACCAUCAUCACCACCACCACCACCACCACCACCACCACGAUGGACAUAUGGUUGAUGAUCUGCUAAGUGCAGAUGAUGUCAGUUGUAGUAGUUCCCAGGUCAGUGCAAAAUCAGAAAAAAAUAUGGCUGAUUUUGAUGGUGAAGAAUCUGGAUGUGAAGAGGAACUAGUUCAGAUAAAUUCACAUGCAGAGCUAACAUCUCAUCUCCAACAACAUCUUCCCAAUUUAGCAUCUAUUUAUCAUGAACAUCUUAGUCAAGGACCUGCAGUUCAUAAACAUCAGUUCAGUAGCAAUGCUGUGACAGAUAUUAAUUUGGAUAAUGUUUGCAAGAAAGGAAAUACUUUAUUAUGGGAUAUAGUGCAAGAUGAUGAUGCAGUUAAUCUUUCUGAAGGAUUAAUAAAUGAAGCAGAGAAACUUCUCUGUUCUUUGGUUUGUUGGUUUACGGAUAGACAGAUUCGAAUGAGAUUCAUUGAAGGAUGCCUUGAAAAUUUAGGGAACAACAGAUCAGUAGUGAUCUCACUUCGUCUUCUUCCGAAGCUGUUUGGGACGUUUCAGCAGUUUGGUAGCAGUUAUGACACACAUUGGAUUACAAUGUGGGCAGAAAAAGAACUGAACAUGAUGAAGCUUUUCUUUGACAACCUGGUGUAUUACAUACAAGGUAUAAAGGAAGGCAGACAAAAGCAUACACUGUACAGCCAUAGUGCCGAAGUUCAAGUUCGACUUCAGUUCCUGACCUGUGUGUUUUCAACGCUGGGAUCCCCUGAUCACUUCAGGUUAAGUUUAGAGCAAGUCGACAUUUUAUGGCAUUGUUUAGUAGAAGAUUCUGAGUGCUAUGAUGAUGCACUUCAUUGGUUUUUAAAUCAAGUUCGAAGUAAAGAUCAACAUGCAAUGGGAAUGGAGACCUAUAAACAUCUUUUCCUAGAGAAGAUGCCCCAGCUUAAACCUGAAACAAUUAGCAUGACUGGCUUAAACCUGUUUCAGCAUCUUUGUAAUUUGGCUCGAUUGGCUACCAGUGCCUAUGACGGUGGCUCAAACUCUGAGCUGUGUGGUAUGGACCAAUUUUGGGGCAUUGCAUUAAGAGCACAGUCAGGUGACGUUAGUCGAGCAGCUAUUCAGUAUAUUAACUCCUACUAUAUUAAUGGUAAAACGGGUUUGGAAAAGGAGCAAGAAUUUAUUAGUAAGUGCAUGGAAAGUCUUAUGAUAGCUUCUAGCAGUCUUGAACAAGAAUCACACUCAAGUCUCACAGUUAUAGAAAGAGGAUUGCUUAUGCUGAAGACACAUCUGGAAGCAUUUAGGAGAAGGUUUGCAUAUCAUCUGAGACAGUGGCAGAUUGAGGGCACUGGUAUUAGUAGUCAUUUGAAAGCACUGAGUGACAAACAAUCUUUGCCUCUAAGGGUUGUAUGUCAGCCUGCUGGCCUUCCUGACAAGAUGACUAUUGAAAUGUAUCCCAGUGACCAGGUAGCAGAUCUUAGGGCUGAAGUAACUCAUUGGUAUGAAAAUUUACAGAAAGAACAAAUAAAUCAACAAGCUCAGCUUCAGGAAUUUGGUCAAAGCAGCAGAAAGGGAGAGUUUCCUGGUGGCCUCAUGGGGCCUGUCAGGAUGAUCUCGUCUGGACAUGAAUUAACAACAGACUAUGAUGAAAAAGCACUUCAUGAACUUGGUUUUAAAGAUAUGCAGAUGGUAUUUGUAUCUUUGGGUGCACCAAGAAGAGAAAGAAAAGGAGAAGGUGUUCAACUGCCUGCAUCUUGCCUCCCACCACCUCAAAAGGACAACAUUCCAAUGCUUUUGCUGUUACAAGAACCUCAUUUAACUACUCUCUUUGAUUUAUUAGAAAUGCUUGCUUCAUUUAAACCACCCUCAGGAAAAGUGGCAGUCAAUGACAGUGAGAGUUUAAAAUGUGAAGAGCUUCAUCUUCAUGCAGAAAAUCUUUCAAGGCGUGUCUGGGAGUUGCUGAUGCUUCUUCCUACUUGUCCAAACAUGCUGAUGGCAUUCCAGAACAUCUCAGAUGAGCAGAGCAAUGAUGGACUUAAUUGGAAGGAACUUCUCAAAAUUAAGAGUGCUCAUAAGUUGUUAUAUGCUCUUGAAAUUAUUGAAGCCCUAGGAAAACCUAACAGAAGACUAAGAAGAGAGUCAACGGGAAGUUACAGCGAUCUUUAUCCAGAUUCUGAUGAUUCAAGUGAAGAUCAAGUGGAAAAUAGUAAAAAUUCCUGGACUUGCAAGUUUGUUGCUGCUGGCGGGCUUCAGCAGUUACUAGAAAUUUUUAAUUCUGCAAUUCUAGAGCCUAAAGAGCAAGAAUCAUGGACUGUGUGGCAGCUAGAUUGUCUUGCUUGCUUGCUGAAAUUAAUCUGCCAGUUUGCAGUAGAUCCAUCAGAUUUGGAUUUAGCUUAUCAUGAUGUUUUUGCCUGGUCUGGCAUAGCCGAAAGCCAUAGGAAAAGAACCUGGCCUGGGAAAUCAAGAAAGGCUGCUGGCGAUCAUGCCAAGAGUCUUCAUAUACCACGAUUAACAGAGGUGUUUCUUGUGCUUGUCCAAGGAACCAGUUUGAUUCAGCGACUUAUGUCUGUUGCUUAUACAUAUGAUAAUCUGGCUCCUAGAGUUUUGAAAGCUCAAUCUGAUCACAGGUCUAGACAUGAAGUGUCCCACUAUUCAAUGUGGCUCUUGGUGAGCUGGGCUCACUGCUGCUCCUUAGUGAAGUCUAGCCUUGCCGAUAGCGAUCAUUUACAAGAUUGGCUAAAACAACUGACCCUCCUUAUUCCUGAGACUGCAGUUCGCCAUGAAUCUUGCAAUGGUCUCUAUAAGCUGUCUCUGUCAGGCCUAGAUGGAGGAGACUCGAUCCAUCGGUCUUUCCUUCUUUUGGCUGCCUCAACAUUGUUGAAAUUCCUUCCUGAUGCUCAAGCACUCAAACCUCUAAGGAUAGAUGAUUAUGAAGAAGAACCAAUGUUAAAACCUGGAUGUAAAGAAUAUUUUUGGUUGUUAUGCAAGUUAGUGGACAACAUACACAUAAAGGACGCUAGUCAGACAACACUCCUCGAUUUAGAUGCGUUGGCAAGACAUUUGGCUGACUGUAUUCGCAGUAGAGAGAUCCUUGACCACUUAGAUGGUAAUAUAGAAGAUGAUGGGCUUUCGGGGCUUCUAAGGCUUGCAACAAGUGUUAUUAAACACAAACCACCCUUCAAAUUUUCAAGGGAAGGACAGGAAUUUUUAAGAGAUAUCUUCAAUCUUCUGUUUUUGUUGCCCAGUCUGAAGGACCGACGGCAGCCAAAGUGCAAAUCCCACUCUUCAAGAGCUGCCGCUUAUGACUUAUUGGUAGAGAUGGUGAAGGGGUCUGUGGAGAACUACAGGCUCAUACACAACUGGGUUAUGGCACAGCAUAUGCAGUCCCAUGCACCUUAUAAGUGGGACUACUGGCCUCAUGAGGACGUCCGUGCAGAAUGCCGGUUUGUCGGCCUGACUAACCUUGGAGCUACUUGUUACUUGGCUUCCACUAUUCAGCAGCUUUAUAUGAUACCAGAAGCAAGGCAGGCUGUCUUCACUGCUAAGUAUUCAGAAGAUAUGAAGCACAAGACAACUCUUCUGGAACUUCAGAAAAUGUUUACAUAUUUAAUGGAGAGUGAGUGCAAAGCAUACAACCCUAGACCUUUCUGUAAAACUUACACUAUGGAUAAGCAGCCUCUAAAUACUGGGGAACAGAAAGAUAUGACAGAGUUUUUUACAGAUCUGAUUACUAAGGUUGAAGAAAUGUCUCCAGAACUGAAAAAUACCGUCAAAAGCCUGUUCGGAGGUGUCAUUACAAACAAUGUUGUUUCCUUGGAUUGUGAACAUGUUAGUCAAACUGCUGAAGAGUUUUAUACUGUGAGGUGCCAGGUGGCAGAUAUGAAGAAUAUUUAUGAAUCUCUUGAUGAAGUUACUAUUAAAGACACCUUAGAAGGGGACAACAUGUACACUUGUUCUCACUGUGGAAAGAAAGUCAGAGCUGAAAAAAGGGCUUGUUUUAAGAAAUUACCUCGUAUUCUGAGUUUCAAUACUAUGAGAUAUACAUUUAAUAUGGUCACGAUGAUGAAAGAGAAAGUGAAUACGCACUUUUCCUUCCCUUUGCGUUUGGAUAUGACGCCUUAUACAGAAGAUUUCCUAAUGGGGAAGAGUGACAGGAAAGAAGGUUUCAAAGAUGUCGGUGAUCAUUCAAAAGACACAGAGAGCUAUGAGUAUGACUUGAUUGGAGUGACUGUUCACACAGGAACAGCAGAUGGUGGGCACUAUUACAGUUUCAUCAGAGACAUAGUCAAUCCACAUGCUUAUAAGAACAAUAAGUGGUAUCUCUUUAAUGAUGCUGAGGUGAAGCCUUUUGAUUCUGCUCAACUUGCCUCUGAAUGUUUCGGUGGUGAGAUGACGACAAAAACCUAUGAUUCAGUUACAGAUAAAUUCAUGGAUUUCUCCUUUGAAAAGACACACAGUGCAUAUAUGCUGUUUUACAAACGCAUGGAACCAGAAGAAGAAAAUGGCAGAGAAUAUAAAUUUGAUGUUUCAUCAGAGUUACUAGAGUGGAUUUGGCAUGAUAACAUGCAAUUUUUACAAGACAAAAACAUUUUUGAACACACUUAUUUUGGGUUUAUGUGGCAGCUGUGCAGUUGUAUUCCAAGUACAUUACCAGAUCCUAAAGCUGUGUCCCUAAUGACAGCGAAGUUAAGUACUUCCUUUGUUUUAGAGACAUUCAUUCAUUCAAAAGAGAAGCCAACAAUGCUUCAGUGGAUUGAACUACUGACCAAACAGUUUAAUAAUAGUCAAGCAGCCUGUGAGUGGUUUUUAGACCGCAUGGCUGAUGAUGACUGGUGGCCAAUGCAGAUACUAAUUAAGUGUCCCAAUCAAAUUGUGAGACAGAUGUUUCAGCGUUUAUGUAUCCAUGUGAUUCAGAGACUGAGACCUGCACAUGCUCAUCUCUAUCUACAGCCAGGGAUGGAAGAUGGGUCAGAUGAUAUGGAUGCCUCAGUAGAAGAUAUUGGUGGCCGUUCAUGUGUUACUCGAUUUGUUAGAACUCUGUUGUUAAUUAUGGAACACGGUGUAAAGCCUCACAGCAAACAUCUUACCGAGUACUUUGCUUUCCUUUAUGAAUUUGCCAAAAUGGGUGAAGAAGAGAGCCAGUUCCUACUUUCAUUGCAAGCCAUAUCUACAAUGGUACAUUUCUAUAUGGGAACCAAAGGACCUGAAAAUCCUCAAGUUGAAGUAUUGUCAGAGGAAGAAGGGGAAGAAGAGGAGGAAGAAGAAGACAUCCUCUCUCUGGCAGAAGAAAAGUACAGACCUGCUGCCCUUGAAAAGAUGAUAGCUUUAGUUGCUCUUUUGGUUGAACAGUCUCGCUCAGAAAGGCAUUUGACAUUGUCACAGACUGACAUGGCUGCAUUAACAGGAGGAAAGGGAUUUCCCUUCUUAUUUCAACAUAUUCGUGAUGGCAUCAAUAUAAGACAAACUUGUAAUCUAAUUUUUAGCCUGUGUCGGUACAACAAUCGACUUGCAGAACAUAUUGUAUCUAUGCUUUUCACUUCAAUAGCAAAGUUGACACCUGAGGCAGCCAAUCCUUUCUUUAAAUUGUUGACCAUGCUAAUGGAAUUUGCGGGUGGGCCUCCAGGAAUGCCUCCUUUUGCAUCUUAUAUUCUGCAGAGGAUAUGGGAGGUUAUUGAAUACAAUCCUUCUCAGUGUCUGGACUGGUUGGCAGUGCAGACACCCCGAAAUAAGCUGGCACACAGCUGGGUCCUCCAGAAUAUGGAAAAUUGGGUCGAGCGGUUUCUUUUGGCUCACAAUUAUCCUAGAGUCAGGACUUCUGCAGCUUAUCUUCUGGUGUCCCUUAUACCAAGCAAUUCAUUCCGCCAGAUGUUCCGGUCAACAAGGUCUUUGCACAUCCCAACCCGUGACCUUCCACUCAGUCCAGACACAACAGUAGUCCUACAUCAGGUCUACAACGUGCUCCUUGGUUUGCUCUCAAGAGCCAAACUUUAUGUUGAUGCUGCUGUUCACGGCACUACAAAGCUAGUGCCCUAUCUUAGCUUUAUGACUUACUGUUUAAUUUCCAAAACUGAGAAGCUGAUGUUUUCCACAUAUUUCAUGGAUUUGUGGAACCUUUUCCAGCCUAAACUUUCUGAGCCAGCAAUAGCUACAAAUCACAAUAAACAGGCUUUGCUUUCAUUUUGGUACAAUGUGUGUGCUGACUGUCCAGAGAAUAUCCGCCUUAUUGUUCAAAACCCAGUGGUAACCAAGAACAUUGCCUUCAAUUACAUCCUUGCUGACCAUGAUGAUCAGGAUGUGGUGCUUUUUAACCGUGGGAUGCUGCCUGCCUACUAUGGCAUUCUGAGGCUCUGCUGUGAGCAAUCACCUGCAUUUACUCGACAACUAGCUUCUCAUCAGAACAUCCAGUGGGCCUUUAAGAAUCUUACACCACAUGCCAGCCAAUACCCUGGAGCUGUUGAAGAACUGUUUAACUUGAUGCAGCUGUUUAUAGCUCAAAGGCCAGACAUGCGAGAAGAAGAAUUAGAAGAUAUUAAACAGUUUAAGAAAACGACCAUAAGCUGUUACUUACGUUGCUUAGAUGGCCGCUCUUGUUGGACUACGUUAAUAAGUGCCUUCAGAAUACUAUUAGAGUCUGAUGAAGACAGACUUCUUGUAGUAUUUAAUCGAGGGUUAAUACUGAUGACUGAGUCUUUCAACACAUUGCACAUGAUGUACCACGAAGCUACAGCUUGCCAUGUGACGGGAGACUUGGUAGAGCUUCUGUCAAUAUUCCUUUCGGUUCUGAAGUCUACACGCCCAUAUCUUCAGAGAAAAGAUGUGAAGCAGGCAUUAAUCCAGUGGCAGGAGAGAAUUGAAUUUGCCCAUAAACUUCUAACCCUUCUUAAUUCCUAUAGCCCUCCAGAAUUAAGAAAUGCUUGUAUAGAUGUCCUCAAGGAACUUGUCCUUUUGAGUCCCCAUGAUUUUCUGCAUACUCUGGUUCCCUUCCUCCAACACAACCAUUGUACUUACCAUCACAGUAAUAUACCAAUGUCUCUUGGACCUUAUUUCCCUUGUCGAGAAAAUAUCAAGCUAAUAGGAGGGAAAAGCAAUAUUCGGCCUCCGCGCCCUGAACUCAAUAUGUGCCUCUUGCCCACAAUGGUGGAAACCAGUAAGGGCAAAGAUGACGUUUAUGAUCGUAUGCUGCUAGACUACUUCUUUUCUUAUCAUCAGUUCAUCCAUCUAUUAUGCCGAGUUGCAAUCAACUGUGAAAAAUUUACUGAGACAUUAGUUAAGCUGAGUGUCCUGGUUGCCUAUGAAGGCUUGCCACUUCAUCUUGCACUGUUCCCUAAACUUUGGACCGAGCUAUGCCAGACUCAGUCAGCUAUGUCGAAAAACUGCAUCAAGCUUCUGUGUGAAGAUCCUGUUUUUGCAGAGUACAUUAAAUGUAUCCUAAUGGAUGAAAGAACUUUUUUAAACAACAAUAUUGUCUACACAUUUAUGACACAUUUCCUUCUAAAGGUUCAAAGUCAAGUGUUUUCAGAAGCAAACUGUGCCAGUUUGAUUAGUACCCUUAUCACAAACCUGAUAAAUCAGUAUCAAAACCUACAAUCUGAUUUCACCAACAGAGUUGAAAUUUCAAAAGCAAGUGCAUCUUUAAAUGGGGACCUGAGGGCACUUGCUUUGCUCCUGUCAGUACACACUCCCAAACAGUUAAACCCAGCUCUGAUCCCAACUCUGCAAGAGCUUUUAAACAAGUGUAGGACUUGUCUGCAGCAGAGAAACUCACUCCAAGAGCAAGAAGCCAAAGAAAGAAAAACUAAAGAUGAUGAAGGGGCGACUCCUGUUAAAAGAAGGCGAGUGAGCAGUGACGAGGAACACACUGUAGACAGUUGCAUUGGUGACAUAAAAACAGAUACCAGGGAGGUCCUGACCCCGACUAGCACCUCAGACAAUGAGACAAGAGACUCAUCAAUUAUUGAUCCAGGGACGGAGCAAGAUCUUCCAUCCCCUGAAAACGGCUCUGUCAAAGAGUAUCGAAUGGAAGGCUCAUCUUCGUUUUCGGAAGAUGGGUCACAUAUCCGGUCACAGCAUACAGACGAACAGUCUAGCAAUGGCAGGUUUGACGACUGUAAAGAGUUUAAAGACCACUCUUCCAAGGAUACUACACUAGCUGAAGAUGAAUCAGAAUUCCCUUCUACGUCCAUCUCCGCAGUUCUGUCUGACUUAGCUGAUCUGAGAAGCUGUGAUGGUCAAGCUUUGUCCUCCCAGGACCCUGAUGCUGCUGUGUCCCUCAGUUGUGGCCAUUCCAGAGGCCUCAUUAGUCAUAUGCAGCAACACGACAUUUUAGAUACCCUGUGUAGGACCAUUGAAUCAACAAUCCAUGUGGUCACAAGGAUAUCUGGCAAAGGAAACCAGGCUGCUUCUUGACAUUAGACGUGGCAUGUCUACUCUCACGCGCCCUUCCCUAUGCUGUUUGUCAAGUUUGCUCCUUUGUUUUGUGCUUCAGUUUGUCCAGUGCUCACUGCUUGAAUGGCAAGAUAGAUUUAUAGGCUUCAAUUCUUGGUCAGGCAGAAUUCCAGAUGAAAAAAUGUGCAUCUUCUGUAUACUUUCUAAAGGGCAAUCAGAUAAUGGGUAUGUUUUAUGUAAUUAAGAGUUCACUGUAGUGGCUUUCAUUUAAUAUGGCUUUCUGGGAGAAACAGGGCUCUGACCCUGUACGGUGUAAUUUAAACUUACAGCAUUUUUACUGUGUAUAAUAUGGUGUCCUCUGUGCCAGUUUUGUACCUUAAAAUAAGAGAGGCAGAUUGCCUCUGAUCGCUGUGGUUCUUAUUAUCAAAAUUAAGUUUACUUGUAUACGGAACAACCACAAGAAAUUUGAUUCUGUAAAGAAUCCUCUUUAGCUGUGGCCUGGCAGUAUAUAAAUGGUGCUUUAUUUAACAGAAUACCUGUGGAGGAAAUAAAGCACACUUGAUGUAAAAA